GAUAGAUCAUGUUCUAUGGCAUAUUCUUGUGACUAAUUUCCUAAAAUCCUAUAUUGUCCGUCCAUGCAUGUAGCACCUUGCAUUUCAUUUCAUGCACAAAACCGAGAUACACUCCCGCCAUCCAUCCAAGCCUGCAACAUCUUCUUCACCCCUCACGCAAGAAAGAAGACACUCAAGUCAAUCAACGACCUUCUUCUCUUCUCUUUUUCAAUCACAAUACUAAUUCCACAACUAUGAUAUCAUUAUUCUCAUCACAUUGCAAUAUUAAUCACAAAAACUAAAUUAAACAAAACAAUGCUUCGAAUCUGUUUUAGAAGAACACGACCCCUUCUUCGUUUCCCUAAUCCCUACAAAUACUACAUUUCUUCUUCAUCAUCUUCCAAUUCACAUUCACCGGAGAAAAUUUCACAAAAUCCCCAAAUUACCCCUCCAACCGUUCCUAACAAACUCUCUCCUGUAACCCCUUCCUCAUUCCUCUCCAAAACCUCCAUCGUCGCUCUCUCCACCGCCGUUGUCGCCUCCGUCGCAUUCCUCUCCUACGAUUACGGCCGCGAAACUCAAUCACAAUCCGAUCAAUCCAAAUCCCCUAAUCCUCUCUACACCACCGCCGAACACGCCGCACAUCGUUCCGCCGAAUCCAUCAACCGAAUCUUCCACCACGUAAAACGAACAAGCCUCGCCGCCACUGUUUUAUGGCAGUCGCUAAGGUCGGUGUUAUCUUCCGCGAACCACGAGGUUCGGUCUGGAUUCGAGAUUCGCGUGGCGGCGUUGCUGGCAGAUAUUUCUGCGGCGAAUUCGAGCCGGAGAGCGGCGAUUGUGGGUGCUGGUGGCGGUGCGGUUGUGGAUUGGUUGCUUGAUUCUGUUGCGGUUGUGAAGGAUGCUGGUGGUGGUACUCAGGCGGAGGCGGCGAGAGCAUUGGCGUAUUUGAUUUCGGAUCCUGAUGUUUCUGCUGCUGUGUUUGCGCGGCCUCACGCUGUUCCGAAUCUUCUGAGGUUUAUCUUCUCUUGCAAACCGCGGCGUUCGAAGAAUAAAACGAAGAAUUCGAGACGUAGUGCAUUUGACCUUUCUGAUUCUUUGAAAGGUAGGAGCAUGCUUGUGGCUGCUAUAAUGGACAUUGUUACAUCCAGCUGUGACAAUGCAGAGAAGGUAUCUUUUAGGCCGUCUUUGCCUGGAAAUGCUGAAACCAGAGAUAUUGCUGCUGCCCUGCAAGUUAUUGAGGAAGGGGGUUUGCAUUUGGACGAGCCUCCAGAGGAUGAUGAUGAUGGUGGUGGGACAGGAAGGAAAGGGAUUGGAAUCAAGAUACUUGGAGGUACCUCUGUUUUAGGACUUUCAAGGACCCGUGAUGAAAUGGAGUUUGAUAAUACUGAUUUUGAUCAUGAAGAAGAACCGUUGAAGCACAGGACACCAACAACCCUCGUGUACCAUAAGUUUGAUGAUUCGCUGGUAAAACAAAAUAUGUCCUCUGUUGUCGUACCUGGUCUCUGGGAUGAUUUACACUGUGAACAAGUUGCUGUUCCUUUUGCCACCUGGGCAUUGGCAAAUUGGGCAACCACAUCAAAGUUGAAUAGAUCUCGUAUUCAGGAACUAGAUCAGGAUGGAAAUGCUGUCUUGUCUGCUCUAAUGGCACCUGAGAGAUCUGUAAAAUGGCAUGCGAGUUUGGUGGUGCGGUUGCUUUUAGAAGACCGUGAUACACCUUUGAAUGAAUCUGUUUCUGAUUGGAGUUCCAAUCUUCUUUCUACUAUAUUGCAUGCAUGUAAGCAUGAAGAUGUUUCGUUGGCUCGGGUAGCUUUUUCUGCCUUUCUUUUAUCUGUUGAGAGGAGUCCUGGGGUACAGAAGACUGUGAUGGAGAAGGGUCUUAAUUCGAUGAGAGACAUUGCUAAGACAACAAAGCAUAUGCAGGUGCAAGAAGCAAUAGCAAAGACAUUAGAACUACUCUGUACAGGAGAUCGUCAUUUAUCUCUUGAAGAGAGUCAGAAGUGGUCGGGUAUUCUCAUUCCCUGGGUUUUUGGAACAUUUUCUUCUGAUAUUAUACGAAGUUCAGCCAUAAAAAUACUGUCUCAGAUCCUUGAAGACUAUGGAGCAACAUCUGUACCACUUUCCCAAGGAUGGUUGGUCAUGCUGUUAAAUGAAGUACAAGAUUCCAUCAAGAAAUCAAUUGAUAAAGGAGUCAGUCAACCAAAAAGUGAUAAAGUGAAGACUUUAAUCAAUAAUGCAAAUAUUGCUUCUGCUGCACAAGUUGCAAAGCAGCUUUCAAGUGCUGUUGUUAAUCUGGCAGCUAAACAAUUGAGAACUGUGUCUACUUCUGAGGAUAUAUCCCCACUUGUAGAUUUUCUUUCCCUGGAACCUUUAGCAGGGCCGUUUAAAAUUUUAAAAAAGGAUAGUCUGCCUAAAUUCGGUGCUGCAGAUUCUGCCUUGGCAACCCUUAAAGGUAUCAAGGCUCUGACUGAAGUAUGUGCAGAAGACUCCGAGUCUCAGGACAAGAUUGUUGAUUUUGGCAUUUUAUGUUUGCUGAGGCGCUUUUUGUUGAAUGACGAUUAUGAGAGACUGGCUGCUAUCGAAGCUUAUGAUGCAUCAUCAAGAGCGCACGACGGGCAGGAAAGGAAAUCAAGUGAAGGUGAGGAACCACCUAGAUCAGAUAUAAAUGAUCCAGCUAGUGUCCGAGUUCCCCCAACAGCUCAUAUCCGUAGGCAUGCAGCUCGGUUGUUGACCAUCCUCUCACUGCUUCCCAGAGUCAAGAAGAUAAUUAUAGCUGAUAAAACUUGGUGCAGUUGGCUUGAUGAUUGUGCUAAUGGUAAGAUUCCGGGUUGCAGUGACCUUAAGUUGCAAAGUUAUGCUAGGGCAGCACUUUUAAAUAUAUUUUGCAAUGACCGGAUUAAUGGAACGUCUGACAGUGCCGGUUCUUCUGGUGGUACCGGCCCUUCUGGUGGUGGUGUAAACAAUUAUAAUUUGUGUCCUCGUUAUGAUGACAUGAUAUUUUUGAUAAAUUCUCAUCUUCCUCACUGGAAGUGUUCCAAUGAAACAUAUCGGCAAGGAUCCUUCUCGGAAGACAUAUAUGUAGUCACCUCUGCUGUUGUUGAGGAUGGGACCAAAUCCUUGAAUGAUGGGACCUGCUCUAGUGGUUCAAGUGAUUCAACUAAAAGCAGCCUAGAUGCAGACUGUCCUCCACUAGAUGUGGUUUUUGUCCACGGCCUCCGUGGCGGCCCUUACAAAACUUGGCGUAUAUCUGAAGACAAAUCCUCAACUAUGUCUACCUUGGUAGAGAAGGUUGACGAGGAAGCUGGAAAGCUCGGAACCUUUUGGCCUGGUGAAUGGCUUUCCAGUGAUUUUCCCAACGCUCGCUUGUUUACCCUCAGAUAUAAGACUAAUCUCACACAGUGGUCUGGAGCUAGCCUGCCUCUUCAGGAAGUUAGCUCUAUGCUACUGGAGAAACUUGUUGCUGCAGGAAUUGGGAAUCGACCUGUUGUUUUUGUUACUCAUAGCUUGGGGGGUUUGGUCGUGAAGCAGAUUCUUCACACAGCAAAGGAGGAAAAAUAUGAUAAUCUUGUGAAUAACACAAGAGGAAUUGUAUUUUAUAGCUGUCCACAUUUUGGCAGCAAACUUGCGGAUAUGCCUUGGCGAAUGGGCCUUGUACUUCGUCCUGCUCCGACGAUAGGAGAGCUAAGAAGUGGGUCUUCAAGAUUGGUUGAGCUUAAUGAGUAUAUUCGUCUACUCUAUAAGAAAAGUGUUCUUGAUGUCCUAAGUUUUUGUGAGACCAAGGUAACUCCAAUAGUGGAAGGUUAUGGUGGAUGGGCCUUUCGAAUGGAAAUUGUACCAAUUGAGUCAGCAUAUCCUGGAUUUGGGGAACUAGUUGUAUUGGAAUCAACAGAUCAUAUAAAUUCUUGCAAACCAGUGAGCCGCUUAGACCCUUCUUAUACAGAGACAUUAAAGUUCUUACAGAAAUUAAAAGAUGCUGGUUUUAGUUGGUGACCGUUUACUGUUGUUGUGGACUGGGCUGAAUGCCUCAAAUUUUAGAGAAGCCGAGUUACGCAGAUAUCAGGGCGGCGAUGAAACAUGCUAUACUUAAGUAGAUAUAUGUAUGUAAAGACUUCUGAAGAGCUAGGUAGGCGUAUCUGUGACAAUUACAUGUCAAAUGCAUGGGAAGCUUGUGGUGUUCUGUGGCAUCGACUUGACACCAUUUAACAUGUUUAGUGAAAGGCCCAAGGUGGACCAAGAGUUUGGCAUGCCUAACUUGCAUAUUUUUUUAUUCUUGGAUCAUUCUUUCGGCGCUUCAAAUUUCAUCAGUGUUGGAGACCAGCUUGCCCUUUGGUAUUCCAAUCAGUAUCUCUUGUACAUAUAGGAUACACAAUUGUAACCCAUGUAUAUUUGUAAUGUAAAUUCCCCUUUUUUUUAUGAUUGUUAUUGUUUGGCAUUAAGCAUUAGAAAUUUUGAUUUUGAUUUCUAUUUUGAAAGUAAUUCAACUUCGAUUCCUCAA